AUGUCCGACUCCUCGAAAGUUUGCCUCGUGAUCGGUGGCACCGGUGGCCUCGGCCGCGGCAUCGCCCUCGACCUCGCCUCCACCGGUUGGAAGACUAUCGUUGCCGGCCGGAACCAAACCAAAGGCGACGAGAUAGUAAAAGAGAUCACCUCCUCCGGCGGCACCGCCACCUUCCUCCCCGUCGACAUCACUUCACCUUCCUCCAUCUCCGACCUCCACGAGAAAGCAGUCUCAACCUACGGCCGCCUCGACGCCGCGAUAAACAGCGCAGGCACCACAGGUGACGUCGUCAAGUUCGCCGACUCCAGUCCUGAAAACACCGCUGCGGUCUUGUCGAUAAACUUGCACGGCGUGAUUCUCAGUAUGCAGCAUCAGAUUCGGGCUAUGCAAUCCAAUCCUUCCGGGUCCGGCGGACGGAUCAUCAACAUGAGCUCCGUCUACGGCAGCCAUGGGGGCAUAUGGGCCAGCAUCUAUUCCGGGACGAAACAUGCUCUUGAGGGCAUCACGAAGAGUGUGGCGCUGGAGUACUCGAACCCCAAGGACAAUGUUCUGGUGAACUGUAUUGCGCCGGGUGUGAUUGUGACGGAGAUGACGGCGGUGAUUGCGGACCCGAGUGUCCUUCCGGAUGGAGAAUUGAAGGAGUAUUGUAUGGGGUUGCGGAAGCAGUAUGCGCAGGAGAGGUAUGGGGAGGUCUCGGAUAUAGCGAGAGGCGUGCGGUAUUUGCUUGAGAGUCCUUGGGUGACGGGGACGACGUUGCAGAUUGAGGGUGGAUUUGGUGCGCGAUAG